AAACAACUAAAGAUGUAAUAUAACAGUGUUGCAAAAAAUGUUAUCCAAGCGCGCUUGACCAACUUAAGCCCCGCCCCCGACAGCACUGUGCUCGGGUUUGCUCGUCUUCAGUUCGGGUUCACGUCGGCUCCUGCACGAAAAACGGAGCAAUAAACGUUGAAGGAAAAACACGAACCUCUCCAGACCAGGAUGUUGUCUUCAGCCAUGUUGGGCCUCAAAGGAGCUCGGCAAGUUCUAAAUAGAACUCAAGGAAGAUGUUUGGGUCUUCGCGUCCUGGAUAUGUCCCGGUGCUUCAGUGCCACCACAGCUCAAAGGACGUCCAGCCAGAAAACGCCAUCCUAUAGUUACGUGAUCGUGGGCGCGGGAUCGGCAGGGUGCGUCCUCGCGAACCGCCUCACUGAGGACGCCCAGGAGUCUGUGCUGCUGCUGGAGGCCGGACCCAAAGACUUGCUGCUUGGGAGCGUCAGACUCUCGUGGAAGAUCCACAUGCCGGCAGCAUUGACCUACAACCUCUGUGAUGACAAGUACAACUGGUACUACCACACGUUGCCUCAAGCCCACAUGGACAAUCGAGUACUGUACUGGCCAAGGGGGCGUGUGUGGGGGGGGUCUUCAUCCCUCAAUGCCAUGGUUUACAUCCGUGGACACGCUGAGGACUACAACCGCUGGCAGAGGGAGGGAGCUGAGGGCUGGGACUAUGAUCACUGCCUGCCUUAUUUUAGGAAAGCUCAGAGCCACGAGCUGGGAGGAGACAGGUACCGUGGCAACAGCGGGCCUCUCCGAGUGUCGAGAGGGAAAACGAAUCAUCCGCUUCACAAAGCUUUUAUUGAGGCGGGGCAGCAGGCUGGUUACCCUUUCACGGAUGACAUGAACGGAUACCAGCAGGAGGGACUGGGCUGGAUGGACAUGACCAUCCAUAAAGGAAAGAGGUGGAGCGCGGCAAGUGCUUAUCUCAGACCGGCGCUGAACCGACCCAACUUGAAGACAGAGGUUCGCUGCUUGACCACGAAGGUUCUCUUUGAUGGAAACCGUGCUGUUGGAGUGGAGUACAUGCAGAAAGGAGAGAAAAAGAGGGUGUUCGCAGACAAAGAGGUGAUCUUAAGCGGAGGAGCCAUCAACUCUCCUCAGCUACUCAUGUUGUCCGGAGUUGGAAAUGCAGAUGAUAUGAAACAGCAUAAUAUCCCAGUAGUUCAGCACUUACCAGGUGUCGGCAGUAACCUGCAGGACCAUCUGGAGCUGUACGUCCAGCAGCAGUGCACGCAGCCCAUCACACUCUACAAGGCCCAGAAACCCUUUCACAUGGUGAAGAUCGGCCUGGAGUGGCUCAGUGUGUUUACUGGCUAUGGAGCAACAGCCCACUUAGAGAGUGGAGGGUUCAUCCGCAGCCGACCACACGUCCCACAUCCCGACAUCCAGUUCCACUUCCUGCCAUCCCAAGUCAUUGACCACGGACGAGUGGCCUCCAAAAUAGAAGCAUAUCAGGUUCAUGUCGGGCCAAUGAGAAGCACAAGCAUCGGUUGGUUGAAGCUGAAAAGUGCCAACCCGAUGGAUCACCCUAUCCUGCAGCCGAACUACCUUUCCACAGAGCGGGAUGUCCAGGAGUUCAGGGACUGUGUCAAACUCUCCAGAGAGAUUUUCACUCAGAAGGCGUUUGACCCAUUCAGAGGUCCUGAGGUCCAACCGGGUCCUGAGAUCAAAUCUGACGCUGACAUUGACGCGUUUGUCCGCCGCAAAGCCGACAGCGCGUACCAUCCAUCCUGCACAUGCAAGAUGGGCUCGCCGUCCGACCCGAUGGCGGUCGUGGACUCGAGAACGCGUGUGCUUGGCUUGGAGAGGCUACGAGUGGUCGACGCCUCGAUCAUGCCCAGCAUUGUGAGCGGAAACUUGAACGCUCCGACCAUCAUGAUGGCGGAGAAGGCAGCAGAUAUGAUCAGAGGUCGUCCUCCACUUGUGGACGCGGAUGUCCCUGUGUACCAGCCACCAACACUGGAAACUCAGAGAUGAAAAUUACGGUAACGGUGUCUCCUGAAUCUUAAACAUCACAUGAUUUAAUAGUAUUGGUGAAGUGUCCUCACGUGAUCAUGGUUACAUCUCAAGGUGAACACUACACAAGGUAACCAAAAGUUUACAGGAUUUAAUUUGGUGGACCAGUGUGUGGAAGAGUGCGUGUUUUUUCCUUUUUUUUUAUGUUCGAUGUCAUCAGUUGUAUUCAUUUAAAAACAAUUAGCCUUGAUUUAAAAACGUAAAUAAUCGCACACAUAGUAUAAAAGUAGUGUUAAAGGGUCCACAAAAUAUAGAAAUUGAAUUUAAAAUAACCAAAAAGAUUCAAUUUAUAAGUAAAUAACUGUCAAUGGCCAUGGUCAAUAAUAGCCUGCUGUCCAUCUUAUGUUCAAAUGACGGCGCCUAGUGGCAGGUUUCAAGAUUGCCACAUAUUUCCUGCAGUUGCGAAUCUUUCCUUUUCAAUAUCCUACUUGAACCUAGAACUUUCUACAGUGUAUGGAGGUGUAUUCAUAAACCGCUAAUAUACAAUGCAUUUUAAUACACAGACUUUAUAUUUUUGAAAAGUGUAGAAAAGACAUCAACUUUAUAAUGAGUGUUUUAAUUCAUAAUAUACAUUCACUUACUUUUAUCGGUUGAGAAAAUCAUGAAGUCUUAUUUAGCUUUGCACUACAAGGGCACAACCUUUAUUUGGGAAAGGAAGAUUCACAGCCUCCUUCCUGACGCAAGUCGUUGGUUGUGUUUGUAUCUGAGCUUGUUGCUGUGAUAAUUGUUUACAAUAGAUGCAGAUUUGGUGCCGCGGUUGAAUGUUCCAUGACAUAUUAAUAAAGGGAAAUAUUCAUAAAUGUUAUUCUUGUUUACUAAUCGCUUACACUACAGAGUACUUGUGACUUAAGUUCAUUUUUUGUUUGUUUGUUUCUGUUUGCUGAAGAUGUUAGUAGUUCAGAAAAAUAAUGUUUUCUGGAUAACUUUUCUCAAAAUUAUUUAAUGCAUUUCAAAUUGGAACUAAUGCCUGGUGCUAC